AUGCAGCCAUUUCAACCAGACUCGCAUUCAGCACCAGUGUCUGCCUCGACAGCAUUCACAAAUUCAUAUGAGAAACCUCAACUAACCUCUUCUUUGCCGACUGUUCGUCAAUCCCGUUACGACCGAAUACUUUGUAAAGUAAAACGCUCAGCACGUUCAGAAAUCAGUCUCCAACAAUGGGCUAGUCGAGGACUUUCUUCAGUCAAUUUCUGGAUUGAUCCAAAACUUGAUCAAGUAAAACGCAUUCACUAUGAUCAAGUCUCUACUCAGGAGUUUAUUAAAAAAUGGGAAGCUCCUGGACUGCCUGUAGUGAUUGUUGGUGCAACGGAUCAGUGGAGUGCCAAUACUGCCUGGAAUGUCGAGACAUUUGCACGCAGGUAUAGAAACGAAAAGGUGAAAAUCGGUCAAGACGACGAUGGCAAAGCUGUUUAUAUUGGAGUCAAGUACUUUUUUCACUAUGCCUUGACUGAUCCAAACGGCGCAGCAGUAGAUGAUUCUCCUUUGUAUAUAUUUGAUGGAUCAUUUGGCAGUCGCACACAGAAUAAUACAGCAAGACGACCGCAAUCUAAAACUGUAGCAGAUGAAUCCAAGUUUAAACCUGCAGACGGUGAUUCAAUGCCACUCUGCCAUCUAAUAGACGACUUUGAGCUUCCAAAGUACUUUACUGAUGAUUUGUUUCGAUUGGUUGGAAAGCGUCGUCGACCACCGUAUAGAUGGAUCGUUAUUGGUCCUGCACGAUCCGGCACAGGAAUUCAUAUUGAUCCAUUAGGCACAAGUGCUUGGAAUGCCCUUCUCCAAGGUCAUAAACGGUGGGUAUUGUUUCCUCCAGGUGCACCCAAAGAUAUUAUUGAGCCCAAAUCACUUCAAGAUCAUGAAGCAGUAACGUGGUUUACCCAUGUUUACCCCAAGUUAUCGGAUCAGCAUCCCAAUUCACCAACAGGAAAAACAUAUGCACAAGUAUUUGGCAUGAUUGAUAUUUUACAAGGACCAGGAGAAACAGUGUUUGUUCCAGGUGGAUGGUCACAUGUAGUAAUGAACAUAGAUUUUACCGUGGCAAUAACGCAAAACUUUUGCUCCAGAACCAACAUAGAGUAUGUAUGGCUUCAUACCCGAUACAGUCGACCCAAAAUGGCAGAGAAGCUUUUGCGUGUUCUUUCCUAUUCUAGCAAGCUUCUUGCUCAAUCAUCCCAGCUUGAAUCUUCCUCGCAGUCUACUACAUGCUUGGGUAAACGAAAGGAUCGCAAGCGGCGACAACAGCGUCAAAAGCGUGAGGAUAGACGGAUGCGACAACUACUGCAUGGCACGAGCGAAGCCGACUUGAAAGUAUACAUCAAAUUAGUGGGAAAGCUUCAAACACUAAAUACUAUUCCACGUGUGUAUCAAUCUUCGUCAUCAUCAUCAAGCAGUAGCAGCUCAACGACUACUUCAUCUGAAUCUGAAUCUGAAUCGGGGUCUGAAUCUGACGCGCCUAUAGCGAAAUGCAUUUGCUCCAAAUGUAUAGCCCGACGAAGCCGCCACAAAUCUAAACGAGCUCGGCUUCAAGUGUCUGGUCAUUAG